AUGGACGCCGUGAAACGCAGAGCCGUGAAAACCCUAGUUGGGAAGCUGACCUCCGCGUCGGAGCAAACCCGCACAGAGGCCAUCUGCGAGCUCCGCCUCCUGUCGAAGAACGACCCCGAGACCCGCCCCUUGAUCGCCGACGCGGAUGCCGUUCCCCUGAUCGCGGAGUCGCUCUACUCCCCGUCCCCGAUCCUCCAGGAGAACGCGGCCGCGGCGCUCCUGAACCUCUCCAUCUCCUCCAAGGACCACCUGAUCUCCCACGCCGCGCGGCGUCCUGGACACGCUCUCCCACGCGCUGCGGCACCCGGCGAGUCAGUCCAUGGCGCAGCUCUUGGCCAUGGCGAUCUUCAGCCUGCUGAGCGUGGAGUCGUUCCGGUCGAUCAUCGGGCACAAGCGCGACAUCAUAUUCGGGCUGGUGGAGAUCGUGCGCGGGCGCUGUUCGGGGUGGCGUUGUACCCGUUGUUCCGGGCGCAGAUGGUGGUGAAAGUAUUUUGA